AUGACGGCCUUCAAACUUCUAGUCGUGAUCGGCAUCACUGGAAACCAAGGAUCUUCUGUUGCGAGAGCUAUCCUCAAGCUUCCAGACUGGCGCAUUCGUGGCAUCAGCCGGAACAUAUCUUCAGAUGCUGCUCAACAAUGGAUUUCAAAAGGCGUCGAACUUGUGAAAGCAGACCUUGAUGACAUCGGCUCCCUCGAGAACGCCUUUCGUGGCGCUUCUGCAGUUUUCGCAGUCACCGACUUCUACAGCCUUAUGCUCGAUCCUGCCAAUUUUGCAGCUGCACAAGCAGCCAGAAUUACCCCCAAUGAAUAUGCCUGCAAUCUUGAGACCAAGCGAGGAAUGAAUAUAGCCACCGCUGCGAGUUCUCCUGCCGUUGCGGCCACACUCACGCAUUUCAUCUUCAGCAGCCUGAGCGAUACCAAGCACUGGUCGAACGGCAAGUACACUUGGAACUACCACUUUGAUGGCAAAGCGGCGGUUGUCAACCGAAUCAAGAAGGAGCUGCCUGGUUUGGCUGAAAAGUUGAGCAUUAUCCAGGUUGGAAUGUAUGCAAGCAACUGGAAGGGAGGGAUGGGACGGCCUACGAAGCAAAAAGACGGAGCAUUUCUCGUGCAAAUCCCAGAUAUAGGGGAAGUUCAGCUUCCAUGGAUUUAUGUUGAUCGCGACGUUGGCAUCUUCGUGGAGGCACUGCUAGAAAGUUCUCCACGAAAGCAGAUUCUAGGAGUGUCUCAAAUGGCCUCUUGGCGAGAAUUUUGGACACUUUGGGCGGAGAACCGGGGCGUCAAGCUCGAUAUUCAAGUUGUCAGUGUGGAAGAGUUUUUUCAACCCUUGCCGGAGCUUUUAAGGAGAGAAUUCCAGGAAUCAUUGAAAUACAUCAUUGAAUUCGGAUAUACGGGCGGCGAUCCAGAUGUGUGUUGCAAUUUACAGGAUAUGUUGCCUGGGGCCAAGACGGCCACGUUGAAGGAGUACAUGGACCGUGAGAAUUGGUCCACACUUGACUGA